CUCCUUUCUUUCUCUCCUCGCGAAAUUUCCAAUUCUUCUUCCUGCCGGUCGCUUCCAAUUCUCCUUGCGCAAGAUCGCCUCCAAAGGCCCCGGAAAAUGCGAAAGAUAUAGAUUUUUCUCGUUAUUCGUAGCGAAGAAGACUGAUACCCGCGCCGGGAGCGAGACAAACAGUCUACAGCGAGCCUUUGAGGUUUGCAUGUUGGUGAGCGUUCCAAGCAGCAGCGGGUCAUGCUGCUAAGCAGCUACAACCAUGAGCCGCUGCCGGGCGAUUGUUUCGAAGAGUCCUCGGCUCUCAGCUCGCAAGGCGGAGAACUAAUGCUGCCAUCGUCCAAUUCCGCCGCUGGGCCCCUGCCCAAUUGCUCCAUGCAGGUGGAGCAUGGCCUCAAAUCCUCGUCGGGUGGCGGUGGCGGUGGCGGUGGCGGCGAUCAGUCCUCGGCUCCCACUCGGGCUCUCCGGAUCAAGCCACAGCCAAACCAGGUACUCAAGUGCCCGCGCUGCAAUUCUCUCAACACCAAGUUUUGCUACUACAACAAUUACAGCCUCACGCAGCCGCGCCACUUCUGCAAGAACUGCCGGCGCUACUGGACCAAAGGUGGCGCGCUCCGCAACGUGCCAAUUGGUGGGGGCUGCAGGAAGAACAAGAGGGCCAAGCAGAACAAGAGCUCGUCGUCGGAUCAGUCGUCCACUGUCCCGGCAGUAGAGAAGGCCUCCUUUGGCGGUGGUGGCGAUCACUCCCUGGCUGGGCGACACGGGCAGCUGCUGGCCGCUUCCACGUCUAGCCUGUACGAGGACGGAAUUCACGAGCUGGCCUACUCGAGGAUCCCGCACAGCCUGCGACUGGGCGAUCACUCGGGCAGCAGCGGGCUGUCUUUCGAAAUUCCGCGAGUUCCAGGCGGUGGCGGGCACCAGGCGCCCUCGUUCAUCAAUCUCCCCGCGGGAGCUUUCGAGGCCGGGGCCGAGCACGGCCUGUCCACCGCCACGCUCAACUUCCAGGGGCUCAUGAAGCACGAGAACGGCGGGGAGUUCGCGCCCAUCUACGAGCCGUCUUUAAACUUGCUGGGCGGAGCUGGCGUGCCCGCGGCGCCGCCGCAGCUGAGCGACACCGGGCUGGGGCCGAGCGGGUUCAGCAUCGGGCUGGACAAUUUCGUGGGACUGGGACUCAACGGGGAUCUAAAGUCGUGGAGACAGCAGCAACAGCAACAGCAGCAGCAGAAGAUGACGGCUCUGGAAGGCCCGGAGCAGCAGCAGCAGCAGCAGCAGGAUGGAAUUGGGAUUGGAAUUCACCACCACCACCAUCUCCACCAGAGCUUGCUGGGCCACUUGGCCGCCGCGGAUCACGGCUCAUCCUCCGACCGGCCCCCGAAAGGAAAGUCCCAGGAUCGGAUUCACGACUCGCAGCAUUCGUCUUCGGAGUGGCAGGGCCAGCAGCAGCAGCAGCAGGAGUCAUCGUUUCUGGAGGCGGCGGCGGGAGGGGGAACAGGAGGAAGCGGCGGAGGU